CCUUUCACUUCCCCUCCCGCUCACUUCUAUUAUUGAAGUCCAUCAUCAAGUAAAAGCUCUAGAAUGCUUCUUUGGAGAAGAACAACUCUCUCCUUCUUUAACAAUAAUUUUGUACGCCACCACCUCCGCUCGCUGGCAAGCGCCUCGCCGAAACCCCACCUUGCCAACCCCAUCACGCCGGUGAACCCCCAACAACUCCUCCGAGUGUGCACCGUUCUCUACCAGCAGCAGGACUCGCCGGAGCCCAGACUCCACUCCAAGCUCUGGUCCUGCGAAUUUGAUCUCACCCACGAGUUCUUCAUUCAGGUGUGCAACAAAUUCCCUUAUUCAUGGCGACCUGUGUACCGCUUCUUCCAUUACACCCAAACAUAUCCGUCUUUCGAUCACACCUCCGUCUCGUUCAACAAGAUGCUCGAUGUCAUCGGGAAAUCCAGGAACAUCGAGAUUUUCUGGGAACUUCUACAAGAGAUGGGACGGCGUCGUUUGGUGAACGACAAGACUUUUCGGAUUGCAUUGAUGGUUUUAGGAGCUGCAAGAGAGCUAAAGAAGUGCGUGGAUCUCUUCCACUUGAUGAAUUCCAAUGGCUAUGCGUACAAUUUAGGGACCCUGAAUAAGGUGGUUGAGGCUAUGUGUGGACGUAAGCUAGUUGUGGAGGCUAGAUUUGUUGUUUUCAAGUUAAAAGAAUGGAUUAAACCCAAUGGGGAUACUUACAAGUAUUUGAUUAGGGGUUUCUGUGACGGGGGUGAUGUCAUUGAAGCUUCAAAAAUCUGGAAUUUGAUGGUGGAUGAAGAGUUCAAGCCUGACGUGGAAGUGGUUGAGAAAAUGAUGGACACCUUUUUCAAGAAGAAUCAGUAUGACGAGGCUAUCAAGCUCUUUCACACAAUGAGGGUAAAGAGGAUAGAUGAACUUGGUCUCUCAGCUUACAGGCUUGUGAUCAAAUGGAUGUGUAAGAAGGGAAUGAUCUCUCAAGCACAGGUAGUGUUCGAAGAAAUGCGCCAGAGAGGUAUUCAUGCUGAUAACUCAACAAUGGGAUUUCUUGCAUAUGGGCUUUUAGCAAGAAGGAGAGUUAGAGAGGCUUAUAAGAUUGUGGAAGGGAUUGAAGAACCAGAUAUAAGUGUCUACCAUGGCUUGAUGAAAGGUCUUUUGAGGUUGAGAAGGGCAAAUGAAGCAACUCAGGUGUUCAGGGAGAUGAUCAAAAGAGGUUGCGAACCAACUAUGCAUACCUAUAUAAUGCUGUUGCAGGGGCAUUUGGGGAAGAGAGGAAGAAAGGGGUCAGAUCCACUUAUCAAUUUUGACACCAUAUUUGUGGGCGGAUUAGUGAAAGCUGGGAAGUCAUUGGAAGCAACCAAGUAUGUAGAGAGGGUGAUGAGCAGAGGGCUUGAGGUACCUAGGUUUGAUUAUAAUAAAUUUUUGCACUACUAUUCAAAUGAGGAAGGCGUCAUUAUGUUUGAGGAGGUUGGGAAAAAGUUUAGAGAGGUAGGGUUAGUUGACUUGGCAGACAUAUUUGAGAGAUAUGGGCAGAAGAUGGCUACUAGAGAUAGAAGAAGAAACAGAGAUCCAUUGCAGCUUUGAAGGUUCUACUGAGUAAUGACUGAAAAUGUCUGAAAACCUGAGGCUAUCCUGAAUUAUGCGGUGACGUCAACGUAGAGCCCAAUAUUUAUCAUAUAACUGAUGAGAAAAGAUAAGAUUUUCUUGUGACCAAUCUCACAAGGAAAAAGAACUGAGGGAAUUUUGUGGCAUGAGCAAAUGUGUCCCCGUUAUAUUGUAGAGAGUUUAUGGCAUUCUGGAGUAAUGGGUUGCAGUAGGUUGAAAGUAUUUUUACAAUUCUUUAAUCAAGAGUGAGUUAAUGAAUUCGGCUGGUGCUUUGCUUGAUGCUUAUUUGUCAUAGUCUGGGUGAUAUUUCUGAUUGGUUGUUUCUCGUUUGUUAAGAUGGUUUUAAUUUAGGUUUAUAGUCAGAUUUAGAAGAAGUUUCUUGGUAAACAUUAUUUGUCAGCACUGGCCCUCUGCUUAUUCUUUCUUAUUUUGGACGGUCUACUUAUUCUUUCUUAUUUUGGACAAGUUAUGGCAUCAUUUACUUCUAACUCACUGUCUCUGUCUUUACGGGGGGCAUUGGCUCACUAUUAAGUCGUCACGAAUGUUUGUCAAGUGCGUUACAACUCACAGUUCUUCACACAUAACUUUCUCUGGUUACACUUAAAACUAACCGUUUUAACUUUUAUUUAGUUUGUCCCAUAGAUAUUCCUAAUUUGAAGUUAUAAACCAUUAAUCAAAAUUCAUUGUUGCUUGUGUUCAAUGCAGGAAGGUGGGGUUGUGGAUAUUAUAACCAGCUGGAUGGACACGCACCAAAACACACAGUUGAGCUGCUGAAGAGACAAGAAAAUGAGAUUGCUUCAUUGAAGGAAAAGCAAAAAUAUCUCAACAAGGCUACUGGGGCACUUUUGACAGUGACAAUUAUGGUGCUGAUUUGGAAUUAAAGAUGUAAUAGCUGUGUUGGACUAGGUUCUGAUGCAUUAUGUCUUGUCGGAUUAGUACUACUAGUAGGAUUAAUGGAUUAUGUUAUGUUGGAUUAGGUUUUAUUCAUGUGGCUCUAAUAUGACUAAAUGUGCCACAAUUUCGGGUAGGUGACAAGUUAAGUGUCAGGGCUAACACUUAAAAAAGUCCGUGAGUGCUGUACUGAUUUCUCUAAAUGGGCAUUUCUAAGAAGCUUUAUAGAUCCUCCUAAUUGAAA